CGCCUUCCCGCCCGCCGCACACAGCCUUUUGACCGCCAGCAAAAGCGAGCACAGGGACGUCGCAAACAUGGCCGCCGCAAUCAAAGCCCUCAAUGCGAAGAUUCGCUCAAACAAGUACACGGAUUACAUCUGCUCGACCCAUUUCUGGGGCCCAGUGAGUAACUUUGGAAUCCCGAUCGCGGCCAUUGCGGACAUGAGCAAAGACCCCGAAAUCAUCUCCGGCCGCAUGACGGGCGCCCUGACGCUCUACUCUGCAACGUUUAUGCGCUACGCGCUGGCCGUCAGCCCAGCCAACUACCUGCUCUUUGGCUGCCACGCCAUCAACUUCACCUCGCAAGUCGUCCAGGGAUACCGAUACCUCAACUACUGGAAUUUCGGCGGCCGCGACGCCACGCUCGCUGGAAAGGCGGAUAAGGCUAAGGACAAGUUGGAGAGCGUGGUUUCCAAGUAGAACUGUGGCAUGGGAGAGAGAGAGAGAGAAAGGCGGGAGAAGGAAAAACAGAGGGUGUGUGUUACCGAGUGGAAUAAUACACAUAUUUGUAUCUCUCUUCUUUCCAGGGAGGAGGGGAGGGUUCUUGUUCACACGAAAUACAUGAAUCAAGGACAAGUCUUUCUCCUAUUCUUCUAGCUGUCUUUCUCUCUCUCUGCCUUUUUGUCUUUUUUCUUUCUUUCUUUCUUUCUUUCUUUC